GCGACCACAGGCCCAGUACCAGGUGCUAAGUUCUCCCAUAUUCUCCAGAAGGAUGCCUUCCUAGUGUUUAGAUCGCUCUGCAAGCUGUCCAUGAAGCCUCUGUCAGAUGGACCGCCAGACCCAAAGUCCCACGAGCUGCGCUCCAAGGUGCUGUCCCUUCAGCUGCUGCUGUCCAUCCUGCAGAACGCUGGGCCCGUCUUCAAGACCAACGAGAUGUUCAUCAACGCCAUCAAGCAGUACCUGUGUGUGGCGCUGUCUAAGAACGGCGUCUCCUCCAUCCCAGAGGUCUUCUCGCUCUCGCUCUCCAUCUUCCUCACCCUCCUCUCCCACUUCAAGACCCACCUGAAGAUGCAGAUUGAGGUGUUCUUCAAGGAGAUUUUCCUGUACAUUCUGGAGACGUCCACAAGCUCCUACGACCAUAAAUGGAUGGUCAUACAGACCCUCACCAGAAUAUGUGCAGAUGCCCAGGGUGUGGUAGAUAUCUAUGUGAAUUAUGAUUGUGACUUGAAUGCUGCUAAUAUCUUUGAGAGGCUGGUGAAUGACCUGUCGAAGAUCGCACAGGGCCGGGCAGGCCACGAGCUCGGCACAACACCAAUCCAAGAGUUGACCCUGAGGAAGAAAGGCCUGGAGUGUCUGGUGUCCAUCUUGAAGUGUAUGGUAGAGUGGAGUAAGGACCAGUAUGUCAACCCCAACUCCCAGACCAGCCUUGGUAAGAGACUGACCAAACUACAGUUACCCUGAGGCUGGUGGGGACAG